CAGUUGAGAUAUAUCCCAGGAGUCGUGUAUACAUCGCCAGUGCAGAGACCCCCGGACAAAGCCGGACCCCGCACCUCCCGCAAAAGCCGCACUGAUAACGGAGGAUCCCGGUGUCUCCUGCCGAGACGCGACAGCGCUGUACAGCCGGAAGCUUCGAAGGGGUCCCGGGCAGGAUGAAGGGGCUAUGGCCGCUCUGUCGGGGGCUCCGGCUGCUGAGGACACGUGGAUCCACCCGGAGGCUCCACCAGAGCGGGAUGUGCAUGGCCGCCGACGAGCCGCAGUCAAGCUUCCAGCCAUCGUUUGGCCUGCUCUUCGACAUUGAUGGAGUACUUGUCCGAGGAAAGACCCCGAUCCCUGCUGCUAAAAAAGCUUUUCAGAAGUUGGUGAACAGCCAAGGCCAAUUCUUGGUGCCCGUCGUAUUUGUCACCAAUGCUGGAAACUGCCUCCGUCAGACCAAAGCUGAUCAGCUGUCAGACAUACUGGGCGUGCCGAUUUCUCAGGAUCAAGUGAUGAUGUCGCACAGUCCUCUGCGCAUUUUCAGGCAGUAUCACAAUAAGUGUGUCUUGGUGUCUGGACAAGGACCUACUCUCGAUAUUGCAAAAUAUUUAGGAUUUUCGAAUCCUAUCACAAUAGACUCUGUGCUGGAGUCAUACCCUUUCCUGGAUAUGGUGGAUCAUAGUAAAAGACCUAAAAUUCUGCCAUCUGCAGCCGUGAAUCUUCCCAAAAUAGAAGCUGUGAUCCUCUUUGGAGAACCUGUUCGAUGGGAAACCAACCUUCAGAUCAUCAUGGAUGUUCUGCUGACUGACGGUCACCCUGCGAAUCCCCAUCAGCCUGCCAAUUAUCCACAUAUCCCAAUUCUGGCCUGUAACAUGGACCUGAUGUGGAUGGCUGAGGCCCACUCGCCCAGGUUCGGCCAUGGCAUCUUCAUGGUUUGUUUAGAGAACAUCUAUAAGAAGAUUACAGGGAAGGAGCUGAAAUACGAAGCCUUGAUGGGAAAACCCAGUGAGGUGACCUAUCACUAUGCAGAAUACCUCAUCCGGACCAAAGCAGCGGAGAUGCAGUGGAAGAACCCCGUCCAAACGCUUUAUGCAAUAGGGGACAAUUUAAUGACUGAUAUUUAUGGUGGUAACCUCUACAACCGCUACCUUCAGAAUAGGAACUCCAGAAAAGGCUCCAAGGCAUUGGUGCAAGCUGGCUCUGGAGCGCGAGUAACCACGGUGUCUCAGGAGGAGGAAGCGGCGUGGGAAAGUGAGCUCUCCUAUCCCAGCGCGACUCAGUGCAAGUCCGUUCUCGUGUGCACUGGGAUCUACAAUCCUCAUGCCGAAGUGCCUGCCGACCCUUCACAGUCUGUUACUGAAACCGUAUUUCACGGCCAUCGGGAUUUCAGGAUCGAUCCAGCCUUGAUUGAACCUGGGCACAUUGUUCCUGAUGUGAAUGCCGCCGUCGACCUGAUCUUCCAACUAGAAACCUUUGUGCCAAACAGUGAUAAGAGGACUUUAUAAAGAUUUCUAUAUAGUUUUAAAUAGAUAUAUAUACACUUACUAUCAGGAUAUAACCCAGUUAACCUCAAAGUUCUGAUGUUUGUCAUUGUUGCUGCACUUUACCAUUUCUCUGACUCUCGACUCUCGUACUUUUAAAUCUAUUAUCCCUAAAUCUUUUUAAAAUAAUAUAUAGACACAUUUUAAGUAUUUAUAUUGUUUUAUGUAAUAGGAAUAUUGCACAAAACAAGCAAAUUACCAGGUAGCUACAUGAAAAACAAAAGUGACCCCUUCAUUUGUGUCAUGUAAAUGAUUAGUGUUGUUUUAUCUCCUAUAUACUCUGACUUAGGGCUGGUUACAUGGAAGAAAUAUCCGCUUGGCUCGUUGGCUGUGCUGGUUGUUCCUGGCAUGUAUUGCCUGCCCGUGUGUGUAUCUCUGCUUUGGAGGUACCUGGGGUAAAAUUUUGGAAUUGUAUCCUGUCUCUCCCUAAAUCCCUGCUUCUGUAAGGAGGGCAGAUUAGGAAUAUGACUUACAACAUCUUGCUGUAAAUUUUCACCCCUUUUUAUUCGGUUACCAAUGGGGAAUUUCAGAAAAUAGAAUUCUGUAAUACGGUGUAGGUAUAUAUGCCAAAGGUGGUUUAUUGUUUUAUUGCCCUUAUACAUCGAACAAAUAAAUGGAGCAACAUUGUAGUCUUGAUUUGAAAUACUGUACGAUGGAGUAUACAGCUUCUAUGCGGAACUGUGUCUCUCCUUUUAUCGACUACACUCUUUGCUGGAGUCUGAAUCCUGCAUGUCCUUUUACACAGGGCAAUUAUCAGGAACGAACCAAGCGUUCUUGAUAAUUGCCUAAUUGCCAGUGGGGAUGAAGCUGUGUUUUCAUGCAGCAGUCAUCUCUCCGUGAUUGCUUGAUCCCAUCCAGAGGAGAUGACUCAAGGCUUCUGGGCAGCAGAUCCCUGUUUGCACAGGGCAAUCUGCUGUCCAGGAGCCGUGAUUUUUGGGAGCCAGAGAAAAUAUAGAACAUGUCCUAUUCUUGUCUGUUUUGCAGACGAGAACAGGCAUUUCUAUCAAAUAUCUGAUCACCCAAGAAUUUACUCAUUCAUCAGGUGAUUGGAGGCACCUUCAGGGGCCAUUCACAGGCAGUGGCGUACAUACAGGGGUCGCAGUUGCGACCGGGUCUGGCACUACAGGGGGCUCGGCCACCCCCCCCCCUGUCCCCUGCAGUCAGUGUUCCCUCUAAGCUGCGCAGGUGGGCGGCCAGCAAAUAUUGUGGCCCUGCUCACAAUUUUAUGAUCCCCGCUCAGCCACAUUGUGCCACUCAAGCUUCUGGCAGUCAGUGCAGUGUCAGAAACGUGGCAUGCAGACUCGUGGCCGCGCCGGCAGCUUGAGCUUAACUUCUCUCCCUCCGUCAUGCGCCUCCUGCCCCGUCUGCCGGCUCCUCCCACUUUAUGAAUGAAGCCGGAAGGAGGCGCAUGACGGAGGGAGAGAUGUUAAGCUCAAGCUGCCGGCGCGGCGGCGAGUUUGCAUGCCACCCUAGUUAGUAAGUACAGCAGAGCUUGGGCUACUUUUAAAAAGAUUAAGCUUUACAUAAAUAUACUUUACAGCUGUGUGCGGGGCCGGAGUAUUAGAGUAGAGCCACUGCACCGGCGCCGCCUCUAGGGUCCCCGCCUCCUCCCUCCCCACUGAUACAUUACUAGACGGCACUUAUGGGGGAUCUGUGGAUGACACAUAUAUAGCAUAAUAUGCUAUAUGUGUCAUCCACAGAUAUCCCAUAACUGUGUCCUCCACAGAUGGCAGUACAGCAGGAUUGCCAUCCAAAAUUGGCCUGUCCCGCACAAAGUGGUACUGUUGGGAGGCAUGUUGGGUGAAUGGUAGGGGAGUGGUGGAGGCAUGGAUUGUGUGUACGCCACUGUUCACAGGACCUUAUCUAUUUUGCAGUCCGUGGCUGGUAUCGGUCCUUUGCAGAUCCGCCAUUUGCAGGCCACAAAAUGGAUACGGUUGUGUGAAUGCCCCUUUAAGGUGCCACUCAUCACCUGAUGAAUGAGAAAACUCUCGGGUGAUCAGAUAUUUGGUAGAAAUUCCUGUUCUUGUCUGCAAAAUUGAAAUAUACUGGUUUGCAUUUUUUGCUAAAAAUACGGUCCUGUGAAUGCCCCCCCCCCCCUUACAUAGGCCAUUAUUAUCCUAGAAUUCUCCUCUCGAUAAUUGCCCCAUCAGAGGUCCAUAUAAAAGAUCUUAACUCGCCCCUACCGCCUGCUAUUUGGCAGAUGGAAUGAAGUAUUGUAUGGCUGCAUCAUCAGACUACAUGGAGAUUCAUAAACCUGCCUAUGAGCGGUCUACACAAGACCUGUAUGAUUCUGUAAUGGACUAUUUGCAAGUUGCUUCAUUUUUAGUGUUGGAUGCAUUGGUAAAGUAGCAAAAAAGGCACAAGGCAGACAUACCCUCAGGAGCGCUAGGAACAACGUAGCACAUGGACUCGCCGCUUACUUGUACAAAUAUUUCAAGCCUAUAUACUCUGCAUAGUAAGUAUGCCAGGCGGGAUAGUCCGACACGCAACUGAGGCCUAAGGAUGUUUUAUGCACAAACACCAGUUGCCUACAAAUACUACAGUCCAUAGUCACCUGUGUAGAAUAAACCAAGGUGCUGAAUGUUUUUACGGUUUAGAAACGGCUGCUUCUGCUUGACAGCAGAAUUUUAGGACUUGUCUUUGCAGCUAAUGUUUCAGUGCAAUAUAUAAAAGAUCUGUUUUUCUAGGGCAUUUCCACUAUUUUUAAAUGGGGCAUUUUAAAGGAUACUGAAACUCUUGUAAUUUUUCUACGGUAUUUUAACAGCGUAAUGGGCGACACGUGCCCCAGGUUGUGACUUGAAUUUGUUUUGUUGCCAGCCUUUGUUUUCUGCAUGGAUUUUGCAUCUUAUUCUUAAUUUAUGAGCCUGUUACACAUUAUUCUUUCCAUACGGUUGUAAUAAAAUGGUCUGUCUGACAACACAAUUAGUAUGUGUAUAUUUUAUUUUGUGUCCCAAGCCUGGAGACAGAUCCUCUGUCAGGGCUGUGCAGUACUUAACACUGUAAUUAUCCAUUGUGCAAUCACGGUAGAUCACCCUGCUUUAUUGGGGGGGGGGACUAUCCAAAAUUGCAGGUAAAUGAACGUGGAUUUAGAACAGUCAUUUUCAUGUAUUCCCCUGUUAAUAUUACCAUCAAUGUAAUACAAUUGUACAGUGCUAUAAUUGUGGUGUGUAAUAAAACUCAGACGGCUAAAGCUACAUGAUAGAAACCCGCUGUUGAAUAAAUGGCCAAUUUUUUUAUCCUAUGAUAUUGUUGGCUGUCAGCAUUAUAAACUUAUCAUGCAUAAAAAUCAUCAGAUUUUUGCGGCUCAGAUGCGGACCCAAUCACUUCA